UGAAGCUAACCUCAACCGAAUCGCACGUGCUAUAUGGCCGAGCAUUGUGUUAUAUUUUCAAAGUUCUUUCAAUAAACAGUGCCCGAUUAUAGGGCAUUGUUUACCCAAGUGAUUGCGUCGAUCGCCUAAAAUUAAGAGUAAGAAAAGAUACGUGUUAAUUCAUCAAAAUGACGGAGGUACUGCAGCCCGGUAACGAGACACUUUCUGAGAAGAAAAAGAAAAAAAACAAGGAUGGUGUUUCGUUGGGAGCUUUUCAGACGAUUGGCGACUUCAAAAUCGAACCUUCGGAGAGCGUGAAGAAGCUGGACACCGCUUACUGGCCUUUGUUGUUGAAAAACUUCGAUCGCUUAAAUGUGCGCACUAACCAUUACACGCCGCUACCAUUCGGCAACUCGCCUUUAAAACGCCCCAUCUCUGAUUACGUCAAAUCUGGCUUCAUUAACGUCGACAAACCGAGCAAUCCCAGCUCCCACGAAGUAGUUUCAUGGAUAAAACGUAUUUUAAAAGUCGAAAAGACUGGUCAUUCGGGCACGCUCGAUCCGAAAGUUACGGGUUGCCUUAUCGUUUGCAUAGACCGCGCCACGAGACUCGUCAAAUCACAACAGAACGCCGGCAAAGAGUAUGUAGCCGUUUUCAACUUGCAUUCAGCCGUAGAGAAUAUUCAAAAAGUCACACAGGGCUUGGAGAAGCUGCGUGGAGCUCUAUUCCAGAGGCCCCCGCUUAUAUCGGCCGUGAAGCGACAACUGCGUGUCAGGACGGUGUACGACAGUAAACUCCUGGAUUUCGACCAGGACAAGAAUAUUGGGGUGUUCUGGGUUAGUUGCGAGGCUGGAUCGUAUAUCCGGACGAUGUGUGUGCAUUUAGGUCUGAUGCUUGGCGUCGGAGGUCAGAUGAUCGAACUCAGACGAGUACGGUCCGGCAUUCAGGGCGAGAAGGAAGGCAUGGUCACGAUGCACGACAUCCUAGAUGCACAAUGGUCGUAUGAAAACCACAAAGACGAGACUUAUCUUCGUCGAGUAAUCAAACCUCUGGAAGGCCUCCUGAUUGCUCACAAAAGGAUAUUUAUCAAAGAUAGCGCCGUUAAUGCUGUUUGCUACGGAGCUAAAGUGCUGUUACCAGGUAUUUUAAGAUACGAAGACGGUAUCGAAGUUGACCAAGAAAUCGUAAUAGUCACCACUAAAGGUGAGGCAGUAGCGUUGGCCGUUGCUCUGAUGACCACGUCUACGAUGGCCUCAUGCGAUCAUGGUGUAGCCGCGAAACUAAAACGUGUCAUAAUGGAACGAGACACGUACCCCAGAAAAUGGGGUCUCGGACCGAAAGCUUCACAGAAAAAAAUCCUCAUACAACAAGGGAAACUUGACAAAUAUGGCAAACCAAAUGAGAACACACCAAAAGAAUGGUUAAACAGUUACGUCAACUAUAAUGUUAAGAAAGAACCGGAGAAUGGUGACGGUGUCGAGGAAGGCAGCAGAAAGCGAACGGCAAGCACAGCUAACGCAGAAGAUCCCGAUGUCUCCAUAGAGGUGAAGCAGGAAAAGAAGAAGAAGAAGAAAAAGAGAGAUAGUGAAGCCCCUGCCGAAGCAGACGCCACUAUGGAUACAUCGGAGUCACCAGAAACAGCAGAACAACCAGCAGAUGAUUCUGUACGCAAAGAGAAGAAAAAGAAAAAGAAGAAAGAUAAACAAGAGGUUGAUGAAUGAAUUUGAUGUUGCAAAACAAACAGUUUGUAGAUUUUAAACUGAGUUACGUUUAGAUUUGAAAGACAACAUUGUACAGCUUAUAUUAAGAAAUUGCAUUUAUGA